AUGGAGGCGCGCGUGGACGGGCUCGUCGAGAAGCUGCGGCAGCUCUUCGAGGUCAAGUCAGGGUACCGCGACGGCGCGUCGCAGGCCAAGCUCCUCGAGAAGCACUUUCGCUUCUUUGACAGCAAUGCGUCGGGCUCGAUCGAUUUUCACGAGUUCAUGGCCGCGAUGCUACGGCUCAACUUUGUCGGCGUCCAGGCCGAGCUCGAGGAUCUCUUUGACCGCUUUGACCAAGACCUCGACGGAACGCUCUCGUACACGGAGUUUGCUGCGGUCAUAUUCAACCUGCACGGCGCCGCAACGCCGCAAGUGCUCUCGGCUGUCGACCGCGUCAAAGCGCUGAUUAUGGACAGUGGUGGCCGAAAUGGCAUUCGCACGCUCCUCGUGAUCCUGCGACGCAUGGACGCCAACGGAGACAACACGAUCGACAAGGAGGAAUUCCACAACGGACUGCUCGACCUCGGUGCCCACCCCGCCGAUGUCGAUGGCGACGAGCUCAACACGAUUUUUCGGUACUUUGACCGCGAUGGGAACGGCCGAAUCACGCUGGACGAGCUCCUUCGUGGUCUUCGUGGGCGUAUGGCGAAGCGCCGCAUUUUGCUGGUCCGCAUGGCCUUCAAUGUCCUCGACGCGUCCAAGGACGGGCUCGUGUCGAUGGACGAGCUCGCGUCGCGCUUUGACACGUCGCAUCACCCCGACGUGCUCUCUGGUCGGCUCACGCCACACGCGGCCCUGCACCAGUUUCUCUCGAUAUUUGACGCGACCGAGACCAUCGACUGGCACCACUUUCUCGGGUACUACAAGGACCUGAGCGCCGGCAUCGAGAACGACGACGAGUUCGAGCUCAUUGUGCGCAACGCGUGGCACCUCUCGGGCGGCGACGGCUGGUGCGAAAACUCAACGUGUCGUCGCGUGCUCGUGACGCACUCGGACGGUCGCCAAGAAGUCUGCGAGCUCCAAAACGACCUCGGCAUCGGGCCCAACGAUCGCACCACGAUGAUCCGACAGCUGCUCCUCCAAGGCGUGCGCGAUAUUGUCAACGUCUCGACGUGUGCUUGA